AUGAGCACUCCUGCCGGGACUGCGCUGACACCAUGCCUGGCAGACCUCCUUCGCACCUGCGUCCAUCCUCCCUCGCUUGUCCUUCGAGUGGAGCACGUAUUCGGGAAAGCGCAUGCGGGUAGUCGUGGAAACGCCGUCGACGGUCUCCAAGAGGAAGAACAAAACUUGCAAGGACUCGGUCGCUUGGAGGGAGCUCACGUGGGCGACAGCGGUGUCUGGACCAACGAGUCUGAGACUACAAGCAGUAAGACGUAUCUUCGCUCUGAAGGACAUAAACCGCCGCCCACUCGUCCGCCGUUGGUACACCUUGCCCUCUCCGACGACCACCUUCAACUCCAAGCCGUCCUCCCGAGAAAUCUACACGCAUGCGAAGAGCUUCUGAAGCUACAAGUCGGGGAUAUUCUCACGGUCAAGAGGUUCGAAGUCCGAAGCGCCCCUCGAUUGAAUGGUCGAGGUCGCGUGGUCUACCUUCGUGUUCGGGAUUGUGUACUAGCUAGGCUUGAUCACGGCAUCACAAACGUAGACGAAAGAGACGGUCUUGGAAUCGAGGAGGGGGGCUUCUUGUGCCAUGCCGAUGUCGAUGACAAAAUGUCGACCAAGAACCCAUCUCGAGAGGAGCGACAAUCCCUGACAGCUCAAUACCGAAGCUGGUCGAAAAAGCGUGACGGAAAACCGACACCACAGGGCGCCAGUCAAUCUGCUUUCACAAAGAACAAACCACGGAUGGUACAAGACGCCGACUCUGACGACGAUGGAUUCGAUACCCUCGCUGUUGCUCAGUCACAGAUUGACAGACGCCGUGAAGCUUUGCGUCAAAUCCAGUCAGGCCCGGCUACGGAGAAGAAGCCAACAAGUCGACUUACAAUGCUUGAUGAUCAUAGUCAAGCUGCUACACAGAAGCGCUCCAUUGCAUCAUUUUCUCCAUUGCGAAGAACAGCUAAAGCUGAAGAGGCCGACUGCCAAGAGCAUUUUCAGGGAGAUGCCGCCGAACUGUCCGAGGAUGUUGUCGCUGACUCCGUUCUUCCGGGCAGCCCGCGAAAGCUUUCUGCUCGUCAAGGACAAACGCAAUCUCUUCCUUUCUCCAAGGAGGCACCUCAAUUGCCACAGGGUAUGAAGCGUUCAGUCACCACCUUAUCAUCUCUUCUCGCGGUUCCCACCCAAAAAUCCUACCCCUGCCCGCCCCUUUUUGUCCUCAUAUCCUGGGUCUCUCCUUCCAUAAUCCACCGACCCAACACGCCCUUUCCGCCAAAGCGCCAUCUCAAGAUUCAUGAUCCGAGCAUCUGCAAUCGAAUUUCGGGGCUUACUGUCGCCGUAUUUGUGGACGCUCUAGCAUUUCUACCCGAAGUAGGGACGCCCGCUUUGUUCAGAGGUCUCGUCAUGAACCGGGUCAGGAAUGGAGAGGAUGUGAUAUUGAAUCGGUAUCCGCUGAAGGUGGACAGCCAGAAAGCAAAAGGCCGUGCUCUGGGUGAUGCUGAUAGCAAGGGCGCAGAGGAAGACUGGUUUAUUAGUGAUGAGUGGAAGUUGAUCGAGAUGGGCUAUGACGUUGAGCAUAUGAAGCAGUGGUGGCAUGAGCGAAAUGCUUCACGAAAGGACGGGGAAAGGAGAGACAGAUUGACGAACUCUGUUCAGGGUGAUAUCUAA